AGUGUUAAUUCAUUCAUUCAUUCAUCCUAUGAUAGAUUAGACAGUGGGUAUGUGGAUCAAGUGUUAAUUCAUUCACCAGAUGGAGGAAGAAAUGUAGAGACAUAUAAAUCUUUGUUAGAAUUCAAGAAAGAAGGCUUGGUAAGGUCUGUAGGUGUGUCUAAUUUUGGAGUUCAGCAUCUGAAAGGAUUAGAGGAAGCAGGGCUACCCACGCCAAGUGUCAACCAGAUCGAGUUUCACCCAUGGUUUAAGCGGCCUGAAUUGGUGAAAUAUUGUAAAGAUAAGGGCAUCGUUGUUGUAGGCUAUUGUCCUAUAGUACGCGGACAAAAAUUUGAUGACCCGGAGAUUGUGAAACUGUCCAAAAUGUUAAACAAAACUCCUGCCCAAAUAUUAAUAAGAUACAGUGUUCAAAGUGGAGUCAUCACCAUACCUAAGUCUGGAAAGCCACAACGCAUCAAGGAAAAUAGCGAAGUCUUUGACUGGGAAAUUCCACAAGAGAGCAUGGAUGUUUUG